UGGCAAGACGACUUGGCUGUUUCUGCCUGUUUCUUGUGCCAUUCACACUACACGUUCUUCAACCGAAGGCAUCAUUGCCGCAAAUGUGGCCGUGUAGUAUGUGCAUCCUGUUCUGAUAGACCGGUGAAGUACUUUCCCAACACUUAUGUGGUUAGUCCUCAUGGUUCUCGAGUUGUGGAUACCUCGUUCGAGAUGUUUCGUACGUGUGAUGAGUGUGUGGAUGAGAUUCGUAUGAUUAGGAGAGCGUUGUUUACUACAAAUCUGUCAGUAGACAACAACAGCAUCAACAGCUCUUCGUCUUCGCUAAAUGUGAUGAAUUACUUCGAUCCUCAUAGUCAUGAACAUGAACGUGACCACAUCCAUUAUCACGAUCAUGAUAACGAUUCAACCACUAAAUACUCUACCAGAACUCAUACCAGAAUUGUAGACUCUUCGACAAACUCUUCCGCCACUAAUCUCGCACAUUCUCACCAUCGUCCGGCUGGUUCGGACGAUACUGAGUCUGAUCUCAACUUGUGUCCGGUAUGCGCUACUGAUUUGCUCAAGCUUUAUAUCAAUGCACAUAAACGUAGAAUCGAUGAGAUUUCUCAUGAAGACUUUGACGCUUUUAAAGAAACUCACAUCAACGACUGUUUGACUCAUUUCGAUUUCAAUACAGAAAACCAACGCUUCAACUCACCAGAGUCAAACCAUCAUUCUCAUCCUAGGAACAAAAUGUUGGUCUACAACAUUCCCCCUAUUCCCAAACCUAAGUAUGAGACAAUCCCUAUUAUUGACGAAGCCCCCAUUUCUGAUGGAACGUCAGAAGAAGCCACGGUUCAUGAUUCAGUUCACAACUCUCAAUCAGGAGGCAUUUCGCCUUCUUCGCUGACUGGUCAGGAAGGUGAGCAAGUCGAAUUUUCUCAGUUGGAUACGAUUAUAGGAUCCGUGACUUCAACUUCCACCAUCCAGCCUUCUGCUGAAAAGAUUUCGUACGAUGAUGUCAUUGAUAAUGAAUGUGUCAUAUGUUUGGAAGACCUAAAGCCAGGAGAUAAGGUUGGUCGCUUGGAAUGCUUGUGCGUGUUCCACUAUAAGUGUAUCAAAGAUUGGUUCAACAAGAAGGGCUACGGUGAAUGUCCUGUUCAUUUCUUGCACAAGUAG